UCAACUAAAAACCAACAUUGAUUUCUCUGUUAGAAUAACAUCUGGACUGGUAUAAUUUCUCUGAGCUUUAUCUGACUUGAGGGCAAAAUCAACUUCAACUUGCAGGUUCUUAUUUUCUUGUUAGCCCUUAUGGUUAGGGCCGCCAAUGUACCUGCUGAUUAUGACCGUGAUAAUGAGUUCAUUGCACCAAGGCAACAAAUCAGACAGCCUUUGAUGAACAGGCAACCUGUUCCGGUUACAGGUGUACCUGUUGCUGGCGGCCUUGAUCAGCGGCCCGGCAGAACUGAUGCUUGGAGUGCACGUAUGAGGGAAAAGUACGGGCUGGAUACGUCCGAGUUCACAUACAACCCUAUGAACUCAAACAGGUACCAGCAGGCAGCCCCUCAACCUGCAGAAGAAAGCAGCCGGUGCACCAUUAUGUGAUAAUCAUCCGGUUGUCUUCCAAAUGCUAUUGCAUUGACGGUCGAGCGACAGCUUCAGAUUUUUCAGAUGACAAUCUUAAUUUAUGUGUUCCCUACUCAUUGAUUUCUUUAUAGAACAUGUGUGUUUAGAAAAUGCAUAACCAUUUUGUGCGUAAAACUUGACUGCUACAUUCAAGGUUUGGCAAUGAGUUGAAUCCCGACCAUAUACAACUCCGCCUUUUUCUUAU